AUGAGCGGCUUCGCGGUCAACACCAAUGGCUUUCCAGAUCGUGGCCCGGCAGUCUUUGCCGUGACCACGGCCACCUUGGUCCUUGCCACCGUUUUUGUCGCUGCAAGGCUGGUGUGUCGCAUUGGCAUCGUACGGAGGGUCAGCUGGGACGACUACUUCAUUAUCCUUGCUUGGAUUCUCGCCUUUGGCCUCAGUUUCACCAUCAACUACGGAACGCGCAAGGGACUGGGCAGACAUGACGAUGACAUCCCCGACCAAGAUCAGGGAGCUCUGAGGAAGAGUGAAUAUGCUUUCUCCAUCUUAUAUAACCCUGCUCUUAUGGCGACCAAGACUUCCAUCCUGAUCUUUUACUUGCGACUGUCCAAGAAUACACAGCCUGUCUUGCGUCUCGCUUCCUAUCUGGUGCUAGGCAUCGUCAAUGUUGCCGGCACCGUCCUCACCUUCAUGAACAUCUUCCAGUGUUCUCCGAUCCGCGACGCCUGGACGGAAGGCCCCAGCAACGGCAAAUGCAUACCUCUUUUGACCGAGUUCAUCUGCUCCGCGCCUGUCAACAUCGUCACCGAUCUUGCUAUCCUCGCUCUGCCGCUACCUGUGCUGACGGGUAUGAGGCUUCCUCCACGACAAAAGACCAUCCUCAUCUUUACCUUCUGUCUCGGUGUCUUCGUCUCGAUCGUCGAUGUUGUACGCGUCUAUUAUCUUCAACAGGCCAUCACCUACGUUCCGACAAGCAGCUCCUCCGAUCCCGAAUCGAGAUUCGGCGACAGUGACGAGUUUCCGUGGAACGCAUCGCUGUCGUUGAUGUGGUCGGCAGUCGAAGUGAACGUUGGUAUGACAUGCGCUUGCAUUCCUACCCUGAAGCCACUGAUCCUCAAGAUCCUCCCUGCCAUGCUGGUGGACCCCGACGGCACCAAGACCAGCUCGCAAACCAUGGACCGGGACAAUGCCGAACCGUCGCCCAAACAGGUGAGCAGCGAGAGAAUGCUCGAGCCUAUUCCUGCUUUUGGCGCAGGCGGCGGCAUGCAAGCCCCUCCGCCUGCUCGAACGACCCUUGGCGGGAACGACGACCAACAACUCACGAUGCUCGACUUUCUCACUACGCCCGAUGGGGCAAAUCCGAAUCACCAUGCGCCAGGUGACGGUCCAGGUGGCCUCCAGCCAACUCAGACAACCAUGACAUCUCGUGGGAGCGUGCAGGAAAAUGCCAUCUACUUUGGCUUUGUCAACUUGAAGAAGCCAAAGAGCAUGCUCAAAACAUCAGUAUCUGAAUCGUUCAAAUACUGCACGGUCGUCACUAUCUUGUUCUUCCUCUGGGGCUUUAGUUAUGGUCUCCUCAAUAGCCUGAACAAUGUGGUCGCAGCCGUGGCAGAUAUGACCGAGGCUCAAACCCUCGGGUUGACCAGUGUCUACUUCGGCGGCGGUUACCUGUUUGGCCCUCUGCUCGUCGGCGAAUGGAUCCUUCGGCAUGAUGAGCAUCAACGGACGAAACGCAAAUCCUCGCUCACCCGCAAUAAUGAUGAACCCAUUGGAGGCUUCAAAGCGACCUUCAUGAUUGGGCUGUGCUUUUACGGUACUGGCACGAUCAUGUUCUGGCCUAGCGCCGUCUUGAGAUCGUUUCCAGGGUUCCUGAUCUCGAACUUUGUCGUUGGCUUCGGGCUCGGCAUUCUAGAGACCGGAGCCAACCCGUUCCUCGCGCUUUGCGGACCCAUGGCGUAUGCCGAGAUGCGCCUCUGCUUUGCGCAAGGCGUCCAGGCGGUCGCGAGUGUCCUCAGUGGCCUCAUAGCACAGAAUGUCUACUUUGCGACCAUCGAGAAGAACAAGGUCUCCUCCAUGUCCCUCAUCGAUGUCCAGUGGACUUAUCUGGCCAUCACGCUCUUCUGUGCCGGGCUGGCCCUCUUCUUCUACUACAUGCCCCUGCCCGAAGUCAGCGACUCGGAGCUGGACGACGCCACAAAUCGCCUACCCGUCGACACACGCAAGCGUACGAUUGGCGGUUUCCGGCUCAAGACCGUGUGUCUGGUUCUGGCGGUCCUCGCACAGUGGUUCUACGUGGGUGCGCAGGAAAGCAUGAGCAUCUUCUUCAGCAGUCUGAUCAAGUCCUUCCUGCCCAACCCAGUCACUUCGUCGAAUGACAAUGAUGAAUCGAAGCCAGUGCCUGGCUUGACCUUGACGGUUCCAAACUAUCUCCUAAUCGCUCACACUGCCUUUGCCGUGUCCCGCUUCACGGCGGGCUACCUCGCUUAUCUAUCCGUCAAGAAUCCCAAGUGUCGACUGAUACCCUCGCCACGGACAGUUCUUGCGUUCUGCGCCAUCUUCUCGGUCAUCUUUGCCAUUUUGAUAGCCAGCAUCAAACCGACGAACCCCAACCUGAUCGUCAUACCCGUUGUCCUGUAUUUCACGGCUGAAGGGCCCCUCUAUCCCCUUAUUUUUGCGCUCGGCUUGCGGGGCCAAGGCAAACGUACGAAGCGUGCGGCCGCGUGGCUCACCAUCGGGACCUCGGGACCGGCUUUCUGGCCGUUCGUGCUCUGGGCCAUCAUGCGGAACGGUGGCAGCGUGCAGACGGCCUUCAUUGUUGUCGUCGCUCUGCUGUGCGUCACUUGCGUGUAUCCUCUCUACCUGACCUUUGUGCCGGACGCAAGGACCAUGUCGGACCCCAACGAGAGCCCAGACCUGCGAAGGAUCGCGCGUGCCGAGGCGGGCAGCAAAGCCCCGUCGCUGGACGAGGCUGUGAGGGACCGGCGCAGGCGAGGCGGUAGGGGGAGCAUAUUCGGCAGGUUAGCUGGUGGGUGGAAGAAGCCGAGGGGCUCGAACGCGUCGAGCAGUGUGCCGAUGGUGGAGCACAAGGAGGGCGCCGCUCAAGAAGUAAGUGGUGGCGGUGGUGGGAGUCGUGGCGUUGACCGUCGAGAUACUGUUCCUGAGAUACCCGAGUCCGAGCUACUCUGA